AUGGCUUCUCAACCGUCGCGAGCCAGCACCGAGAGCUUGCUCUUGGGCCUUCCACUAGACAACAACUACACAAGCCACGUCGAUGACGAGCACAAAAUCAAAAGCAUCAAUGAGACUGCCCUAAACUAUGGAUACCAUCUCCCUCGGUUUUACGCCCGAGCGUUCAUGGCAAUGUUUGUCCCAACUCUGGUGACGGUUUACUACUUUGUAAUCCGCAAUAUUGUACUCAGAAGGGAGAAUGAUCUUAUUAAAUACGGACUUCCGGGAGAAACCUGGCUGUAUUACUCCUGGUUCAUUGUGGGAGUGUUUGGCCUCAACUUGUCUCGGUACGCACUUCUCGGAAUCGAGGCCGCCAUGCUUCAGGACAGCUUCUGGCAAGUCAACAAUGCUAUGGGCCUCUUGAUGCACUGUGGAGCAAGCUGGAGCGGGCCAGUGGGCUGGAUAAUGGCACUUAGAGGUGCCUGGAUAGAGAGGAACCAGAAAGCAUAUCGUCUCUGGUACACAUUAGCUACUCUGAGUCUACUGGCAUCAAUUGCCUUGCCUCUCUCCGGCUUAGGAUUCAAGCUCUCGGAGGGGUAUGUUGUUUUGCCGGAUCCUCCACGAGUCAUAGGCCGUACUUUUGACAAUUACGCCUGGAGAGCAGCCCGCGAGACAUACGAGCGAACGCUUAAUUCUUGGAAAGAGGGAGCCGUUACUACCAUCCCGGCUUUCGGCAUUGCGUAUACUCCUCCUGGCCGGGUUAAUCGAGGCACACACCCAUCAUUUAACACAACACCAAACUCCAUUCCGAUUGACGGUGUGAUUCCUGAUAUAUUUCUUGCCCCUCAGGCUGAAACGCCGAUUCAAGGUAGGGUAUGGGGCCUGCGAAUUGGAUGCAAUUGUUCAAUUGUGAAAUCAGUGUCGGAACUCACUAUCCUCAACCAAAAGCUAUACUCUACGUACAAUGAACGUAAAUAUCCGUGGGCAAAGGAGUUUGCGUGGGGGUAUCCAUACCUCACACUAAAGACUCCCACGAAAGACGUCAUAUUCGCAUUCAACUCUACUUUGGGCGACAUGGACACAACAAAUUAUGAUACCAGCCUAUUCGCCUAUACAGAGAUGGGAACAAACUCGCAUUCGACUGAGGAAGAAAUCUUUAUAUCUACCACAAACAGCAGUGCAUCAUCCGGAGUCGAAAUUUUAGAAUACGUCGUCUGGCAGGCAUACAUGUAUCCCCUCGCGGGCAAGGACGUAGACUUCAACUUCUCUAUAAAUGAUCCUAUCCCUGGUCUCGGCCACCCGGUGAUGUUUGAACCUUCUAAUGGGACCAUGCCGUUUAACAAGACAUUCCUCUCUGCUAUUGAUGUCAAUGGAACCCGGUCUCAAUAUGCAUAUUACCCAUUAAGUCUUCCGGAUCCUGAUGACUUUUUAGAAGGACCGGACCAUGCAGUACUUCCCCCUGGUAUUUCGCCAGUGGCGGCACCGAUUGGAGUUCGCUGCGUUCGAAAUUCUGCUUUCGGCCAUGCAAACGUUUCUGCCGAUGGCACAUAUACCUCCUUCACGGAGACUGCUAAUCCUCCUAAGCCUAAAUUAGCAUUUGGACUCGGGCCAUUUGGGUCAAUCUGCGACAUGAUACUUCGGGGCCACUACUUGGACCAUUUCAGAUCAACACAUUCUUCAUCUCCUGUUACUACAUCAUUAGAAGCAGCCUUCGCAAAUUACCUCCAGGCCAGCACGCUUCUACAGUCCAUUUCACAAGCUUAUGCCGUGGAGGCCUUGCAGUUAAUGUAUGAAGGUGCAACAUUCUCAAGCGAAUUAGCGUUCAACCUCGCCAACGCAACAUCCACACGAAAGGACAAGAUCAUUGUCCCAGGGUCGGUCCCUCUGACCCUACCUGCCGUGCUAUUGAUCUUAUGGGCCACGGGCAGUGCUGUACUGGGUAUCAUGUACGGUUUUCGACGACGCUGGUCCGAAGUGCUGGAUGGAUACAGCAUAUUCUCGUUUGGAGUGGACUGUGCCGAAGAGGUACGUGCCCGGCGUCAAAACCCUGCCAGGCCAGGAGGAGGAAUACUCAACCAGCGCGACGCUCUCCGGUCGAUACCGGGUCUUAUAGGCGACUCUCGAAUGCGAGACGAAAUCGGCCAUAUCAGUCUGGUAGAGAGAGGCAACGUAGCCAGAAAAGAGAAGCUGUAUGCUUAA